AUGAGCGCCCCUUUGAACCUACCAAGCCCACGUAACAAUACUGACAGUAUCCGGUCCUUUUAUGACUCGCUCAAAAAGCAUAUACGCGGUCUUAAAUCACUAGAGAAAUCUGAGGAAAAUUACGGUGAUCUACUUGUGCCGAUAGUGUUCGAAAAAUUGCCAACAAAUUUGAAAACACAGAUAUCUAGGGACCAUGGUAAUAAGGCAUGGACAAUACAAGAACUUAGAGAAUCCAUCCAGCGAGAAAUUCAUGCGAACCAAGCCGCCAACACGUUUGAACAGUUCAACACCUGUGAAGAUACACCGCUUUCCAGCGCAUCAAAUUUUCACAUCAAUGCGAAGCCAAGACGAAGACCAGCCUGCGUAUUUUGUAAGGAAAAUCACACACCCAACAAGUGUACAACAGUUACUGAUCCUCAACAACGUAAGGACAUCGUCUUCCGAAACAAACUCUGUCUCAAUUGUUUCGGACCAAAUCAUCGCAGUAAUGAAUGUUGGAGUAAAUUUUCAUGUCGAAUAUGCAGUAAGAAACACCACACAUCGAUUUGCGGUUCGCCAACGACCAGUCACCCCAAAGCUAGUGAACGGGUAGUCAAGUCAACAAAAGAAGACGUAACACACGUAAAAUUGACUCCAACCUCCGGACCAGUUCUGCUUAAAGCAACUACAGCGACUGUAUCUACAAGUAACGCAAGUACAACCGCAAAUAUACUGCUCGACGAAGGCGCACAACGAACCUUCAUCACAGAAGACCUUGCUCGCAAACUUCAGAUUAACAGCGAAGAUUGCAGCAUAGAACACAUCACACUUGGCGCCUUUGGACGUGACAAAUCAUAUGUACGCGCUAUCAAAAGAACUGAGAUAACACUAAAAACCAACUCUGGUAACAUUGCACUACAAUGUUUAAUAGUACCCAAGAUCAGUUCACCAAUACAGAAUGUCGUGGCACCAACACUACAACGGCAUAAAUAUCUGCAAAAACUGAAAAUCGCGCCCUUAGUCGAAUCUGGUUGUUUUGACAUUGACCUACUUCUCGGAGCUGACCAUUAUUGGCAAAUUGUUGAAGAUCACGUCGUUCGAGGUGCGGGACCCACAGCGGUAUCCUCUAAAUUUGGUUACUUGCUAUCUGGUCCUUCUCACUUAAACAACGUGACCACAAUGAACACAACUAUAAUGAAAGCAUUAGCUGACACUGACCAUGAACAAUUCAUCAUAUCACAGUACUGGGACUUAGAGACAAUGGGAAUAACUGCCAACGAAGAUUCUAAGUUGAAAUCCACAACGUUUGAAGAGUAUCAGGACACAAAAAUUCAACGAGAUGGUAAUAAAUACACAGCCGGCCUACCAUGGAAAGAAAAUUGUGACAUUCUACCUACAAAUUAUGUACUGGCGAAAAACAGAACAAGAGCAAUGGUAAAACGUCUUAAACCCGAAUUACGGAAAGUCUACAAUUCAGUCAUAACAGAGCAACUACGCCGAGGAUUUAUUGAAAAGGUAAUUGAUGAGGAUAUCUCACGUGGCCAUUUUAUCCCGCAUCACCCCGUUGAAAAACAGUCGUCAACAACUCCAGUUAGAGUAGUUUACAACUGUAGCGCUAAAUACCGCGAUCAACCCAGCCUCAAUGACUGUUUAGAAUCCGGUCCUGCUAUCACCAACGAUAUUGCUUCGUUUCCGGACACAUCAAAUUGGACUGACUAG